AGAUGACUCCGCGGAAAAAUAGUGGAACGAUGGGAAUGGAAUUCAACAAGAAAACUCAGUAUUAUUCGCAAUGCCAAUUCUGCACUUUGAAAAUUUGGUCAAACACGGAAAUUGUUCUUGCUGGUGGAAAUGUAAUUUGCAAUUUGUGCAUUGCCGAAAAAAGCCAUGCCGUUCAAUUCGACAGAAAAUAUAUGAUCAAAACAUUAUCAAAGACAUUUUCAAGAAAGUGGGAAAUCUCGAAUAAUUUAAUAAUGACACUGCUGAUUCUUUUGCUCUCUGCACUUUUUUUUAUAUCUCAAGGAACUUUUUCAAUGCUUCAAAAUGAACCAAACCAGGAUCGAAACCCCUACCAAAACUACAUAGAAUCAGUAAGAUCCUUUGUCAAUUCGGAUUUCUCAGAUAUUUCAAAAGAAAAUCGGAAUCUUUUGAGAUUAAUUGGUGAACAAAUGUUUUUACAUCCAGAUGAACAUGCUCCGCUUGUCAUAGUUAUUGCUGGUUUGAAAGCUAAUGAGUUUUCUGAAAAAUUAAACAAGGCAAUUCAAAAUUCUAAAUCAGAGACAAAUUCAAAUAAUUUACCAAUUGAAAUUGGAAAUCAACUUGAAAGAGGAGAGCUACAUGCAAUAUUGAACAAUGCUCUCGCAUCACAAAUGACACCUAGAACAGCAGUCCUGACAAAUAUUGAUCUUCUUGCAUGGGAUGCAGUUUUAGUGCUCCAUGCCUUUGCGGACCAUGGAACUUUUCCCAUCCCAAAAACUGUACUCCUCCUAGCAGUAUCAACAGAAGAAACUACUUAUUCUGGGAAUAGUUGUGAUGGGAAAAUUUUGAAGCUUGUAACGAACCGCUGGAUCGAAAAUGGAGGAAACUAUGACAAUAUUCCACCAAUUGUAGCCAGGAUUUCAUAUUUUAUGUGCUUAUAAUAAAAAUUAUUUGUUUAAAAAUUUA